ACGAUUACGAUACAUUUUUCAGACUAAUUCCUGGUAAGGAUGGCUCUGUUUCCAAUCGACCGCUACAUGGACGACUUCAUGAGGCUCGAUCGCUGUCCAAGAAUGGGCAUGAUGCCAACGGAAAGGGACUGGUUCAGACCGAUAAUGCCGUACUGGAGAGAUGCUGAUCACUCAGUCCUUCACGUCGGGAACGAGACGAAAGAAGUCGUGAACGAUGAGAAGAAGUUCGCUGUUUCGUUGGAUGUGUCACAGUUCAAACCGGAAGAGCUGAAAGUACAUCUUGAUGGGCGUGAUCUCACUAUUGAAGGAAGACAAGAAGAGAGGACAGAGCAUGGUUUCAUUGAGAGGUCCUUCACUCGCAAAUGGUCCCUUCCAGAAGAUUGUGAUGUGGAUGCCAUCCAAACCCAUUUGACUGACGUUGGCCACCUUUCAAUCGAAGCUCCCAAGACUGGCCAACAUACUAAUAGAAGAGUUAUCCCAAUUAUGCCAGCUCCAAAGAGGAAGUGAUAUAGCAGAGUUCUUGUACAAAUGCGAU